AUGAAACAAAUCAAUGUGUCGGUCGUGGGUCUGUCCGGUGUUGAGAAGGAUAAAGGUCAGCUGGGCGUCGGUAAAUCCUGCCUGUGCAAUCGUUUCGUGCGCCCUAAGACAGACGACUACGCGAUCGAUCACAUCUCGGUGCUGAGUCAGUCCGACUUUAGCGGACGGGUGGUGAACAAUGACCAUUUCCUGUACUGGGGCGAGGUACGCAAAACGUCCGAGGAAGGUGUCGACUAUAACUUUAGCGUGAUCGAGCAGACGGAGUUCGUAGACGAUGCCACAUUUCAACCAUUCAAGGUCGGCAAGAUGGAACCGUACAUAAAGCGGUGUGCCGCGAUCCGCAUGUCGUCACAGGAGAAGCUUAAGUACAUCUGCAAAAAUCAGCUCGGCAUCGAGCACGAGUACGAGGAGAUAGUGCUACCGGAGGGUCGCUUCCUAGUGGAUGGGUUCGUGUGCGUGUUCGAUGUGAGCGUCGUCCCGAACCGGACGGUUGAGAAGCAGGUCGAGUUUGUGACGCAGAUCAUCAACAACGUGCUGAAGGUGAAGAAACCGGUCGUGCUGGUUACCACGAAGAAUGAUGACGCUAACGAGCUGUACGUGCGGGAGGCGGAAAAGAUAUGCUCGCGCAAGGAGUAUAAGGGCCAGAUACUCCUGAUCGAAACGUCCGCGCACGAAAGUAUCAACAUCGACCUAGCGUUCGUAGUGCUCGCGCAGAUGAUCGACAAGGCAAAGCAACGGUCCAAGGUACCGUCGUACACGGAGGCAGCCAAGCAGCGGAACGAUCUGCUCAACGCCAGCACCGAGUACGUGACGCGCCUGAUACGCACCCAGAUCACGGACCAUCGGUCGAUCUGGAGCAGCUCGUCGAAGAAGCUUUCCAACCAUCCGGAAUGGAUCGACUUUCUCGAGCUGUUCGGGCAGGAGGCGGGCCAGCGCAUCUUCCGGCGGCACAUUAAAAAGUUGCGCGAAGACUACCAGUCGAAGAAGCUGCAAAGCUACAUGGACUUGUUCGCGUGCGUGCUGCAGGAGAUGUUGCCGGACAUUAACAGCAUCAACAUGGAGCUGGAUAGCUUUAACGAUUGGGCAUCGAUACGGAACUACUUUCACGACCAUAUCGACUACGAGCAGUACUUUUUCGACGCGGUCGAACGCGGUGGCAGCUGGGCAGAGCUGAGCGAUAUGAGUGAUAUGGAGGAUGAGAAACGGAUACCGUUCGAUAUACUGGAUACGCCUGAUGCGGAAACCGUCUUCAAGAAUCACAUGAAUGCACUGCAACAAGAGCAGAAGCGAUUAGAGAUGCCAAAGAGAUGGAAAAAACAGUUCAAAAAGCUUUUAGAAGAAACCGGUUACGUCACACCGGGCAAACAGCUGUCGGAAGUGCGCGUACUGUUCAUGGGCCGAGAAUGUUUCGAGGCGCUGUCCGAGCACGACUGUCAGCAAAUCUACGACAACCAUCAGCGGGAGCUGGUCGAAACGGCCAAGCACAACUUCCAGGAGCUGCUGAUGGAGCAUGCCGAUCUGUUCUAUCACUUCAAAAACAUCGAACCGUCCGGUACGAUCACGCAGAACGACAUCAAGGAGAUAACGGAUGUGCUGCAGGAGGAUCUACGCUACAAGCUGCUCGACCGGCUCGACCAGGACCGGAAGGUGAUGCUGUUUCAGCAUCUCGGGUUCGUGCACUGCCCGAUACGGGAACACUGUCCCGCAUUUCCUAACUGUAUGGAUGCGCUAAUCGAGCGAAUAUUGAUCUCGAACCAAAAUCUCCCCAAUCCGCGCUUCGCGCAGAAGGAUGGUCAACUGCAGCUGAACCUGAUAGUGAUCGGGUUAGAUUACAUUGCGAACGAUUUCAUCGAUAAGAUACACCAGAACUGCAACGACAAUGGCGAGUACAUUGUGGACGGGCAGGUGUAUGGGCUCAACAUCGAGACUAUCAACCGCGACAACGAUUCGUUCUCGUUCGAGCUGCAGUGCAAGGGUUUGAUCUGCUGCUACUCGAACCGGCAAACAUUCCAGUACGUGUACGAGGUGCUCGACCGGCUGCUUCAGGACAAUCUCGACUUUAAGGACAGUGUCAACAAUCUGCACAUCGUGUUCAUGAGCGACGAAAAGAACAGCCAGAACACGCUGCACCAGCUGCAGGCCGACGGUCAGUCGCUGGCGGAGAAACUGCACUGCGUCUUUAUCGAUGAGAAUGAGUUCUACAUCUCGCAGCAGCAAACCAAGUUUAUCAAUACGACGCUCAACAGUGUGAUCGAUUCGAUACCGUUCGAGGAUCUCAAGUAUGGUUUGGCACUGCACGAGCUGCCGGACCUGCGCAUCAUUAUGUCCAUCUUCUGCGGCGAUCCGUUCUCGAUCGAGAACAUACUCAGCUCGAUGAUGCUGGAGCAAUCGUGCAUCAGUGCCGGCGAGCGUAACAUCAUCUUCGAGAUGUUUCUCGGUGAUUCGAAACGGCGCGUGGAGCUGAUCCUUUCCUCCUACCACGGGGCGAACGCAUUCCGGGACGAUCUGAUACACGGCUUCAUACUGCUGUACUCGAGCAAACGCAAAGCGUCUCUGUCGACGCUGAGCGCCUUCUCGCUGAACAUUCCAAACCUACCGAUGCAGAUCGUGGCCGUAUCCGAGCAGGGUGGAGUGAAUGCUUUCUUCAACAGUGAACUUUCGCAGCUGCUCAUCACCGAGGGCAACACUAUUGCGGACAAACUGCGGGCCCACUUUGCCACCGGGUCGGACGACGAGAGCCAGUUCAAGUUUGCCUCGUUCGCACCGUUCCUGAAGGAAGUGUGGGACAAGAAGCCGGAGAUAGAGCACGCGUUCAAUCUCGAGGAACCGCUCACGAUCGAUUCUGGCGAGGGCACAAUGGAACACUCGAUGCACCAUCACCAUCAGCAGCAGGUGCCGCAGCCACCGCCCCGGUACGAAAGCUACCUCAUCAACGGUUCGGCCACCACCUACCGUGGGGUGAGUGGCCAACAGCAGCACCACUCGCACCAUGCGCAACCGCAACAGCCACAGCAGCAAACGUUAUCCCACCAGCAGCAACACGCGCAACAUCACCAGAAGAUAUCGCAGCAGUUGUUCGACAACCGUUCGAUCAACUCGCUGGACGAUCUCGACAGUCUGAAGCAACAGCCGCAGCAGCACCAGCACAACAUGUACUACUACGAGGACAGCAGCGAUUUCGACAAGUGUGGCAGCAAUCAGGGCUUCCAGAUAUAUCCGCCACCGACGACACCGCCCGAACCGGCACCGCCAGACCACCUGCUCAUACCAGCUUCCAUACUGCGACAGUUAAAGGCAGACACAGUGUCACAGUCACAGUCCAGCCUGGAGGAGAUCAAUUCUGACGUCAGCGGAUCCAAGGACUCGAUCAACACUUACGAUUCAGGCUGGAUAGAUGAUGGUUUUCUCAUCCAGAAACAGGACAACAAGCAAAGUGAAGAUAUCUGGAAAAAUAUGAAUGCACACCACGCCUUCACAACAGGCCGCCGGCCGAAUCAGUCUUCGUUCGCCAAAAAGAUACGCCCGAAAGGACCUAGUCAAACGCUGAAGCAGCCCGGCAAACUGAACCUGAAGAGUUUCGCUAUCGUUAACGAAGCGAUCGCACGGAUGAACAUUGGUGGUGGGGCCGGUGGUGGCGGCGGCGAUAGCGGUGCAUCAACCGGCAACUCCGGCCUGAGCGUACCGAUGACGGAGAAGGAAAAGAAGAAGGCAAAAAAGUUGCUGCAACAGCAACAGGCCCAGCUUGAGCAUGCGCCGCUGGCCGCACCGGAAGACGACAGCGAGGAAUACGAGGACGAGGCCGGUUACGAGCAGAUUAAUGAUGCGUUCAGCGACGCAGUCAACAAUGUGGCGAGUCAAUUAUUUACCACCUUUUCGGGCGGUCCCGGCGGCAACCAGCUUGGCGUGCGGGGUGCGGACAGUUCGGGCGGUUCCGAUAUGGGUACGCACAAAACGAAACUGCGACAGAGAAGAGAAAAGGAGCAGAUUUUCAACAUACAAGAAAACUCCGACUCAGAGAGUGAUUCCAGUUCGCUAGAACGAAAACGAUCCAACGAUGGCUACUCGAAGAUAAACCGUAAAACGCAACCUCAUAAACGGCAUCGCAAAAAGCGCACGGCCAUACCAGUACAGCCGCCGAAAAUUCCACUCGGUCCGUUCGGUUCAUCCGCCGGCGAUAUGAUGGGCAGUGUCGGUACCAGUGGCGGUCCACUCGGCGGUAUGCCGAUCAUGUACCAGAAGCUAAAGAACGAUCUGGGCAGCGGGCUCGAAAAGCAGGAUAAACCCACACAGGAACAGGAUGAGUCGAGUGUUGAUAUAUCCUCGCCGCGCGAUAACUCCCCGAUAUUUGGUGUGCUGCCGAAAGGAGGCGACCGUGAAAAGUUGAUUACGAAGCAGAAAAAUUGGUUCGGCAAAGAGAUCGACACCAGCAGCAAGAGCAGCAAAGAGUCGAAAGAUGUGCGCGGAAGUGGCAAAAAUGCGAACAAAAGCUCGAAGCAUAAUGGUGCGGCGGCGGCCGCUGCUGCUGCCGCUGCCCUGCAGCAGUCAUCAUUGGCAAGCCUGAAGCAGUCCGACAAAGUGCCGCUCGUACCACUGUUCGUGGAAAAGUGUGUUAAGUUUAUCGAGCAGGAAGGGCUCGACUCGGAGGGUAUCUACCGAGUGCCGGGUAACCGAACGCAUGUCGAUUUGUUAAACCAGAAAUUUGCCGAAGAGUCGGAUGUAGAUAUAGAGAAGCUUGAUAUACCGGUGAAUGCGGUCGCUACCGCUCUGAAGGACUUUUUCGUGAAGCGUCUGAAGGGACUGUUUAGUGCAGAAAUGAUGAGCGAGCUGGAGGAAAUAGCCGGUUCCCGGCCGCUCCAGUCAAUCACGAGCCUUAAUAUGGAGGUUAAGACGGACCGCAGCUGUCGGUUGAUAGCUUUGCGGGGUCUCUUAAACAAGCUGCCACCGAACAACUUUGCCAUACUGAGCUACAUCUUUCAGCAUUUCGUACGUGUGUCAGAAAACUCGAAACUCAACAGUAUGGAUAGUAAAAAUCUGGCCAUCUGCUGGUGGCCGACCCUGCUGCCGAUCGAGUUUACCGACAUGAUGCGGUUCGAAACCAUGCGCCCGUACUUGGAGGACAUCGUGCAGACGAUGAUCGAUCAGUAUCCGUUCCUGUUCUGCGGCGAGGAGGCGUUCGUAAUGGUCUGA